GAGCUAGUGGACGGAGGACCGUGAAGUUGCGGGUUGCGGUUUGUAUGUGGCAUAGACAGUAAAAGAUAGGAUGGAUCUCCCUCAAGAGGGUGAGGAUGCUGUUGGUGGAAAUCAGACAGGCAGAGCAGCGUGUGCUGUGUCCAGCCACGAGUCCCUGAAGGAUGACGAGCCUGUUACUGAUAAACAUCAGGGGGUCAGCACAGGACAAGUGCUCUCUUAUCCCAGACCACAGACACACAGACCAGUGUCUCCAGUGCCCGGCGAUGUGUCCAUGAAGAGUGACUGGUCCAUGGAUCAGCCUCCCCAUCUCAGCAGUGGACAACCACAGUCUGAUCCAAAGAACAUCCUGACACAGGAUCAGUCCAGGUGUGGAGUGUGUGAGCAGGUGCUGAGGGACCCAGUCAUCACCAGCUGUGGACACAGUUUCUGCAGGCAGUGCAUCAGCAUCUACAGGAGCCAGUCAGGUCCAUCAGGAGACUACGACUGCCCCCAGUGCAGACAGAGACCCAGAACACAACCUGCAACUGAGAAUGCUCCAGUCAAAAGGGCCAUACUUACAGACAACCAUGUCCUGAAGAGAGUACUGAUGACCCAUAAAGCCAGCAUGAAGAGGAAGUUUGAGAGCAUAUGUGAAGGUGUCAUAAGGUCAGGGACUCAAACACUCCUGAACAUCUACAUGGAGCUCUACAUCACAGAGGGGGAGAGUAAAGGGGUGAAUAAUGAGCAUGAGGUUUGGCAGGUGGAGUCAGCAUCCAGGCCACACACCACAGAAGACACAGCAAUCAACUGUAAUGACAUCUUCAAGCCCUUACCUGGACAGGAGAGACACAUCAGAACGGUCAUGACCAAGGGGAUUGCUGGCAUUGGAAAAACUGUCUCAGUGCGGAAGUUCAUCCUUGACUGGGCAGAGGACAGAGCUAACCAGGAUGUAGAUUUCAUGUUUGUGCUUCCGUUCCGUGAGCUGAAUUUGGUCCAACAUGAUCAGUACAGUCUUCACAGGCUCCUGCUUGACUUCCACCCUGAGCUUAGAGAGCUACAAGGUGGUGAAUACAAAGAUUGCCACAUUGUGUUCAUUUUUGAUGGUCUGGAUGAGAGUAGACUUCCACUGAAUUUCCGAAAGAACCAAAAGUUAUGUGAUGCAAUACAAACAUCAUCAGUGGAUGUGCUGAUGACGAGCCUCAUUCAGGGAACUCUGCUUCCCUCAGCUCUCCUUUGGAUAACCUCCCGACCAGCAGCAACCAGUCAGGUCCCUUCUCAGUGCAUCAGUCAGGUAACGGAAGUACGAGGAUUCAAUGACUCACAAAAGGAAGAGUACUUCAGGAAGAGAGUCCGAGACCAGAAUCAAGCCAACAGAAUCAUCUCACACAUUACAGCAACCAGGAGCCUUCACAUCAUGUGCCACAUGCCAGUCUUCUGUUGGAUCUCAGCCACUGUCCUUCAGAAAAUACUGGAACAGGAUGAUGGGAAGGAAGCCCCCAAAACACUGACAGAGAUGUUCACACACUUUCUGCUCAUCCAGACCACCAGGAAGAACCAGAAGUAUCAAGAGGAAAGUGAGACAGAUAGACAGAGGCUCCUAGAAUCCCAUAAGGGUGUCAUAUUGAAACUAGCAGAGCUGGCGUCCAAGAAUCUGGAGAAUGGCAAUCUCAUGUUCUAUGAGGAAGACCUGAGAGUAUGUGGCAUUGAUGUCAGCCAAGCUUCAGUGUACUCUGGCAUGUUGUCUGAGAUCUUCAGGGAGGAAUGUGUGUUUCACCACAAGAAGGUGUACUGCUUUGUCCAUCUAAGCAUCCAGGAGUUUCUUGCCGCACUUCAUUUGUUUGCCUCCUUCUUGAAUAAGAACAUGAAGGUCCUGGAGCCAUUUCUUAGCGCAAAGUCGACGUCUUUCCCAGAUGUGCCUCUCGAUGAGCUGCUGAAGAAUGCAGUGAACAAAGCUUUGAAAAGCAAGAAUGGGCACCUUGAUUUGUUUGUCCGCUUCCUUCAUGGCAUUUCUCUGGUGUCAAAUCAGAAACUUUUGCUUGGCGUCCUGACACACACACACAGCAACCCAGAGAGUGUGAAGAAAACAAUCAGGAACCUGAAGGUGAUGCAAAGGCAACAUAUCUCCCCUGAGCGGUGCAUCAACCUGUUCCACUGCCUGGUGGAAAUGCAUGAUUCUUCUGUUCAUGAUGACAUCCAAGCUUUCCUGAAGGCAGAGAAAGGUGCCGUGAAACAGCUCACACUGGCUCACUGCUCAGCCUUGGCUCAUGUGCUUCUGAUGCCUGAUGAGGUGCUGGAUGAGUUUGAUCUGAAAAAGUACAAAACUUCAGCUGAGGGACUGAGGAGACUGGUGCCAGCUGUAAGAUGCUGCAGAAAGGCACUACUUGCUGGCUGUAAGCUAACAGAAGAGUCCUGGGAGAUUGUGACCUCAACUCUGCAGUCUGCAAACUCCCCCUUAAGAGAGCUGGACCUGAGUCAGAAUGACCUGCAGGUGUCAGGAGAAAAGCUGCUCUCUGCUCUACAGAGUCCAAACUGCAAACUGGAGACUCUGAGACUUGUUGGCUGUAAACUGAGGGGAAGAUUUCUGGCCUUGGCUCUUCAGUGGGCAAACUCCCACCUAAGAGAGCUGGACAUCAGUGAGAGUAAGAUUCAGGACUAUGAAGGAGAAUUGCUCCAUCAACCACUGACUCAAGACUGUAAAGUGAGACUCAUCAGCUGUAGACUCAAACACAGCUCCUCUGAGGUUGUGGUCUCAGUUCUGCAGUCAUAUAUUUCUCAACUGAGUGAGUUGGACAUGAGUGGCUGUGAUCUUCAAACAUCAGAAGAGAAGCUGUUCUCUGGUUUUAGAAAUCCAAACUGCCAACUGCAGAGACUGAGACUUGUUGGCUGUAAACUGAGGGGAAGAUAUCUGGCCUUGGUCCACCACGGGGCAAACCCCCACCUGAGAGAGCUGGACAUGAGUAACAGUGAGCUUGAGGACCAUGGAGGAGAACUGCUCCAUCAACCACUGAAUCAAGACUGUAAAGUGAGACUUACCAGGUGUAAACUCAAAUACAGCUACUCUGAAGUUGUGGUCUCAGUUCUGCAGUCAUAUAUUUCUCAACUGGGUGAAUUGGACAUGAGUGGCUGUGAUCUUCAAACAUCAGAAGAGGAGUUACUCUCUGGUCUUAGAAACCCAAACUGCCAACUGGAGAAACUGAGACUUGUUGGCUGUAAACUGAGAGGAAGAUUUUUGGCCUUGACACUUCAGUGGGCAAACUCCCACCUAAGUGAGCUGGACAUCAGUGACAGUGAGCUUCAGGACUGUGGAGGAGAACUGCUCCAUCAACCACUGAAUCAAGACUGUAUAGUGAGACUCAUCAGCUGUAGACUCAAACACAGCUCCUCUGAGGUUGUGGUCUCAGUUCUGCAGUCAUAUAUUUCUCAACUGAGUGAGUUGGACAUGAGUGGCUGUGAUCUUCAAACAUCCGAAGAGAAGCUGCUCUCUGCUCUUAGAAACUCAAACUACAAACUGCAGAAACUGAGACUUGUUGGCUGUGGACUCACUGAGAAGUCUGGGGAUAUUUUGGCCUUUGCUCUGCAGUCAGUAAACUCCCAUCUGAGAGAGCUGGACCUGAGUAAGAAUUAUCUGGGGGAUUGUGGAGGAAAGCUGGGCUCUGAAGCACUGAAUCCACUCUGUAAGAUUGAGACUCUCAGACUUGCUGGUUGUAAACUGACAGAGGAAUCCUAUGAGGUUGUAGCCUCUGCUGUGCAGCACAUGGUCUCCCUGACAGAACUGGACUUGAGUGACAAUCACAUGAACAUCACUGCAGUUCAGCUUCUGAUUGCCUGGAUAAGUCACCCCAACUGUAAACUGCUGAUAUUAAGACUUGCUGGUUGUAAACUGACAGAGGAAUCCUAUGAGGCUUUAGCCUCUGCUGUGCAGCACAUGGUCUCCCUGACAGAACUGGACCUGAGUGACAAUCACAUAAGCAUCACUGGAAUUCAGCUUCUAGAUUCACUGAAAAGUGUCAUCAACUGUAAGCUGCAUACAUUGAGAUAUGCCGGUGGAGAACUGAGAAAAUAUGCCUGUGAGCUCACGCUGGACCUAAACACCGUAAGCCGAGAACUCGCUCUCUCUGAGGGGAACAGAAAGGUGACUCUAGUGGAUCAGGAGCCGCUGCCGUAUCCUGACCACCCAGAGAGAUUUGACUCCUAUCAGGUGCUGUGCAGAGAGGGUCUGACUGGACGCUGCUACUGGGAGGCUGAGUGGAGUGGCGAAGGGGCUGAUAUAGCAGUGGCCUAUAAGAGCAUCCCGAGGAAAGAUGAGAGUGAGGAGGACUGCGCGUUUGGACUUAAUGCCAAGUCCUGGAGACUGUACUGCUCUGGUAACAGUUACUCUGUCUGGCACAAUGAUGAGCAGACUGCCAUACCUGCCCCCUCCUCCCGCUCCAGCAGAGUAGGAGUGUACCUGGACUGGCCAGCAGGCACUCUGUCCUUCUACAGCGUCUCCUCUAACACACUCACCCACCUGCACACGUUCCACUCCACAUUCGCUGAGCCCCUCUAUCCUGGGUUUUAUGCUUAUUUUCGCUCCUCAGUGUCUCUGUGCCAGAUCACAUGACCUCCUAAUCCUGCAACAGAGGAGAGCCACACACACCUGUUUACACACUCGUGUGUGUGUGUGUGUGUGUGUGUGUGUGUGUGUGUGUGUGUGUGUGUGUGUGUGUGUGCUUCCCUCCUGUGUGUGUGUGUGUGUGUGUUGCCCCUGCUCCCUUCCUCCUCUUGCCUCCUGUCACUGUUCUCACUCACUCAUUCACUCACUCACUCACUCACUCAUUGUCACACACACACACACACACACACACACACACACACACACACACACACUAUCACUAUCACUUGCUCUCCUGUGUGUGUGUGUGUGUGUGUGUGUGUGUGUGUGUGUGUGUGCUUCCCUCCUGUGUGUGUGUGUGUGUGUGUGUGUGUGUGUUGCCCCUGCUCCCUUCCUCCUCUUGCCUCCUGUCACUGUUCUCACUCACUCAUUCACUCACUCACUCACUCACUCACUCAUUGUCACACACACACACACACACACACACACACACACAC